CUUUGUUUUACUCGCCAAAUCACCAUAAGCUAUCUUGAGGUAUGGUGGGCACGUCACUGCAGCUGCACUAUUUGGUAUAGGUAAAUUUGUUUGAAUGCACCUAAUCCAAACCGUGAACUCUUUAGUGUCAGCCAUACUGCCAAAAUGCUAACGGAACGGUUUUGUGCAGUGAUAUAAGCCGCUGGAAAGAGUGAGCUCGCACCCAAAAAAAGUGAAACUGAACUCCUUUCUUGCGCACUGGGUAGGGUGUGAAAGAGCUUGACGCACGCCGUGUAAAUGGACGCCAGCCCCCCGUCAACAUCGUGUCGACCGGCAAUAAUCAAAGCGUCAAUAUUAUCAUCUGUACUGGUCAUUUCAUUGCUGAUCUCGCUCUACUUUACCGGUGUAUUUUAUGAUCGAGCUGAAGGUAGCGUAAGUCCUGCUAAUAUUCGUAAAGGCGCAACUGCAGCCGUUAGCUGUCUCGGACGAUGCGGUGAUAAGGCGAGCAGCGCGUACAGCUGCCAGUGCAAUUCGGUCUGCCUGAAAUUCAACGACUGCUGCAACGACUAUAAUCGGUACUGCGUAGAGGGAUCUUGUCUCAAUCGAUGUGACGAUACCGACAUUCGCUAUCCAUGUACUUGCGAUUCUCAGUGUGGAUCGUGGCCGAUAGCAGGCUGCUGUUCAGACCACGACGCCCGAUGUAAAAUUGUGGUGACCACAACUGCACCAGGCUCGUGUACUGGACGAUGUGGUCAGAUUCCCGACUCGACCCAGCCAUGCCAAUGUAACUCUAAAUGCUCCAAGUUCGGGGACUGUUGCAGCGACUACGGAAGUCUAUGCGGUGCCCCAGCCCCUCCACCAACGUCUGCCCCAGUGAUCCCUGUGGACAUAUCGGCAUUUGCCAGCGCCAUCUGGGCUGAUGAUGUCAAUCGACUGAGCAUCGGUAGCGAUCUAGUGAUGAAUACGGGCAACUACAUCAGUGACUCGUAUUUGCAUCAGGACGUCUCCUACAACAGAUUGUUUUCCUCAGUUAACGCUCAAAUGCUUCAAAGACCGACAUACAAAGCCCUCAUAAAGCUCUUCAACAACUACAUCACCACACAGGGAAAGACUGAGACCAAGACGUCCACAGAGUCGGCCGAAGAGGACGAGUUCAUGAAUGCGAUAUUCAACACUGUGGUCAUGCAGCGGGCGUACCAGUUUGUCAAAGCCAAGAACUAUUAUUCAGGGAGUCUCAGCCAAUACAAGACGUUCAUUCGAGGACUUCUCUUCACUCACUACUCUCGUAAAGCCACACAAGACUCCUCGGGAUUUGAACACGUGUUCGUUGGCGAGUUCUCAGAUAGCUCCACGAUAUCCGGUUUCCAUAACUGGGUCCGCAUGUACCUUUUGGAAGACCAGGGGCAUGCUAACUAUUACGGAUACAUCAAACAAAAACAGCCCAAUCUAAUCAAAUACCAGUUCAAGUGGUCGAACCGCGUCAAGCCAGUCACGUCCACAAUGUACGGCGUCAGCCCCGAGUUCGAAAUUGCACUCUUCUCGACUUGCUUCUUGAAGUCUCCCAACUCACUCUGCAGACUCAAGAUCAAUGGACAGACUGCAAAUGUGCAGACAUACGACUACAAGGGAGCGCAAGUAUUUGGAUCAGCAUACUUUACAUCUUAAAGGUGACACACAGACAACUCAGACAGUAAGUUUUUGUUAAUAACACAAAAACAGGGUGUCCGUGAGUGAUGUCAUCAAAGUAUUAUUAGACGAGGUGGUGUUAACAUUUUACCAUCAAUCCAAUGUCAGGUUCAGGAGUUAGUUUUACAUUUUCCCAAUUAUAAAAAUUUAACUUCGUGUUUAAACUGGAGGUCCAGGGGUGGAUUUCACAAAGGUAGUCCUAACUUAGGACUAGUCCUAGGCAAU